CUGCAGUGUAGAAAAACAUGGAGGAAAGUCUGUCAUCGAAAGUAUCGGAUGGGAUUGUUAAACGUAUCAAAUUUGGUUUGGCUACACCACAGGAAAUAUGUAAAUCCUCUAUUAGCGAUUGCCCGAUUACCCAUCCGAGCCUACUUUUAAAUCCUUUCCUUGGUCUGCCUCUCGAAGCUGGCAGAUGUGAAUCCUGUGGUACUGCGGAGCCUGGCCAGUGUGAAGGUCAUUUUGGAUACAUUGAGUUGCCCAUUCCUAUUUAUCACCCUGACCAUGUCAGUGAGUUGAAAAAGAUGCUAAGCCUGCUUUGCUUGAAGUGCUUAAAGAUGAAAAACAGAAAGUUUCAGGUCAAGAAUGCUGGUGUUCUUGAACGAAUGUUGUCCUCAUGUUGUGAGGAUGUCGCACAAGUCUCAGUAAAUGAGGGCAAAACCUCAGAUGGUGCUUCCUAUUUGGAGUUGAAAGUACCAAAAAAUGCUGCAAAGCUUCAAGAGUGGAACUUCUUGGAGAAAUAUGGCUACCGCUACGGUGACGGUUAUUCUCGACCUUUGCUUCCUUCCGAGGUUCUUGCUAUUUUGAGAAGAAUUCGGGAAGAUACGAGAAAAAAGCUAUCAGCUAAAGGCUAUUUCCCACAGGAGGGAUACAUCCUGCAAUACUUACCUGUACCUCCUAACUGUUUGUCUGUGCCUGAUAUAUCUGAUGGGAAUAACAUCAUGUCUUCGGAUCACUCUAUAACAAUGCUCAGGAAGGUGCUGAGGCAAAUUGACAUAAUUAAAAGUUCAAGAUCUGGUACACCUAAUUUUGAGGCUCAUGAAGUGGAGGCAAAUGAUUUACAAGCAGCAAUUGUCCAGUAUCUCCAAUUUAGGGGGACAGGCAAGGCAUCUCGUGAUGUUGAUAAACGUUUUGGAAUACACAAGGAAGCAGUUGAUACCACCACUAAAGCCUGGCUAGAGAAGAUGAAGACCUUGUUUAUCAGAAAGGGGUCUGGUUUCUCAUCUCGAAGUGUCAUAACUGGUGACCCAUACAAAGGGGUGGGUGAGAUUGGUUUGCCAUGUGAAAUUGCUCAGAAAAUCACUUUUGAGGAGAGAGUAAGUCAGCACAAUAUGGCAUACUUACAGAAAUUGGUAGAUGAAAAGCUUUGUUUAACCUAUAAAGAUGGGUCAAGUACUUAUUCUUUGAGAGAAGGGUCAAAGGGGCAUACAUUUCUACGACCUGGGCAAAUAGUGCAUAGGAGGAUAAUGGAUGGUGAUACUGUUUUCAUUAACAGGCCACCCACAACACAUAAGCACUCCCUCCAAGCCUUAUCAGUGUAUGUCCAUGAUGAUCACACUGUGAAGAUCAACCCACUUAUGUGCGGCCCCCUUAGUGCUGAUUUUGAUGGGGACUGCAUUCAUUUGUUUUACCCUCAGUCCCUUUCUGCCAAAGCAGAGGUUGUGGAGCUUUUUGCCGUAGGGAAACAGUUACUGAGUUCUCACACUGGUAACUUCAAUUUGCAGCUUGCCACCGACUCAUUGCUGUCGUUGAAGUUAAUGUUCUCAAAUUACUUCUUUGAUAAAGCAGCUGCCCAACAGUUAGCAAUGUUUCUUCCGAUGGCCUUACCUGAUUCUGCUGUAGUAGAUGUUCGUAAAUCUGGUGCCAUGUGGACGACCUUGCAGAUCUUGGGGGCUGCUUUACCGGAUGGCUUUGAUAGUUGUGGGGAGACGCACACAAUUGGAAAAAGUCAGUUCCUUGGAAUAGAUUACAACAGAGACUUGAUUUCAUCAAUUCUGAAUGAUGUUAUCACAUCUAUCUAUUUUAUGAAGGGUCCUAAUGAUGUAUUGAAGUUCUUUAAUUCUUUACAGCCUCUUUUAAUGGAAAAUUUGUGCACAGAAGGUUUUAGUAUUAGUCUCCGAGAUUUCUACAUGUCAAAGGCUGUUAGGGAUGGUAUCCAGGAAAGAAUUCAGUGCAUGUCCAAGUUGCUACAUAAUUUGCGGUCAUCCUAUAAUGAGUCCGUAGAAGUACAAUUGGAGCAUCACUUGCGUAACGAGAAACUUCCAGUUAUUGACUUUGUGCUCAAGUCGUCUGGCAUGGGUGUUCUAAUUGAUUCCAAGAGUGAAUCUGCCUUUAAUAAGGUGGUUCAGCAAAUUGGUUUCUUAGGCUUGCAAAUAUCAGACAGGGGCAAAUUUUACACAAAGACACUGGUGUAUGACAUGGCUCGACUGUUUCAGAAGAAGUAUCCUUCUGUUGGUACUAACCCUUCCGAGGAAUUUGGGUUGGUUAGAAGUUGUCUGUUCUACGGGUUGGACCCUUACCAGGAGAUGAUUCAUUCGAUCUCCAGUAGAGAAGUGAUUGUCCGCUCAACCAGGGGAUUAACUGAACCUGGGACAUUGUUCAAGAAUUUGAUGGCCAUUCUCCGCGAUGUAGUCAUUUGUUAUGACGGGACUGUUAGGAACGUUUCCAGCAACUCAAUUAUUCAGUUUGAAUAUGGGGCUAGCGGUGGGUCAAAUUUACCAAGUGAAUUUUGUGCUGGUGAUCCAGUUGGAGUGUUGGCUGCAACUGCUAUGUCCAAUCCUGCAUACAAGGCAGUUCUUGAUUCAUCUCCAAGCAGUAAUUCCUCCUGGGAGAUGAUGAAGGAGAUACUGCUUUGUGGAGUGAGCUUCAAGAAUGAUGUUUCUGACCGUCGAGUAAUCCUUUAUCUGAAUGAUUGUGGAUGCCGUAGAGGGUACUGCAGAGAAAAAGCGGCGUACGUUGUCAAGAAUCAUUUGAGUAAAGUAUGUCUUAAGGAUGCUGCUGACGAGUUCUUGAUAGAAUACGCAGGCCAACAAGCAGGUUAUGAGAAUUCUGAAACAGGGACAGGCCUCAUUGGUCAUAUUCGUCUCAACCAGGGGCAGCUGGAAAAUUUGGGAAUCAGUGUUCUUGAGGUUCAUGAAAGAUGCCAAGAAAAUAUCAGUUCAUUCCAGAAGAAAAAGAAAAUUGGCAAUCUUUUCAAGAGAAUAGUUUUGUCAGUGAGUGAAUUUUGUUCGUUUUGCCACAAUUCUGGAAGUAAGUGUUUGAAUGCACCAUGUUUGAGGUUCUCUUGGCCAGAUGCGAGUGAUGAUCACUUGGAGAGGGUUUCUCAUAUUCUUGCUGAUAUGAUAUGUCCAAUAUUGUUGGAUACAGUUAUCAAAGGUGAUCCAAGGGUUUCAAGUGCAAAUAUAGCGUGGAUUUCUCCUGACACAAUGUCUUGGAUUAGGAGCCCUUCCAAGAGUCAAAGAGGUGAAUUAGCUCUGGAUAUUGUUCUUGAGAAAGAAGCUGUUAAGCAAAGGGGAGAUGCUUGGAGGAUUCUCAUGGAUUCCUGUCUUCCUGUCAUCCAUCUGAUAGACACUACGCGUUCCAUCCCAUAUGCAAUAAAGCAAGUCCAAGAACUGAUUGGAAUUUCUUGUGCCUUUGAGCAAGCUGUUAAGCGCCUAUCAACGUCAGUUACAAUGGUCACAAAGGGUGUUCUCAAAGACCACCUAGUUCUAUUGGCUAAUAGCAUGACAUGCGCAGGAAAUCUGGUUGGUUUCAAUGCUGGUGGAAUAAAAGCAUUAUCUCGAUCAUUAAAUGUGCAGAUACCAUUUACAGAAGCAACACUAUUUACCCCAAGAAAAUGCUUUGAGAGGGCUGCUGAAAAGUGCCAUGUUGAUUCUUUGUCAAGCAUUGUGGCUUCUUGCUCCUGGGGAAAGCAUGUGGCAGUUGGUACGGGAUCUCGAUUUGAAGUCCUCUUGAACACAAGAAAUGUUGAAUGGAAUAUACCAGAUACACGUGAUGUUUAUAGCUUCCUACACUUGGUGAGGAGCACCUCUGCUCAAGAAGUUGAAGGUACCAGUUGUCUUGGUGCAGAAGUUGAUGAACUAGAGGAAGAUGAAGAUAUGGGAUUAUACUUGUCUCCCAAUCGGGACUCUGGUUCUGAAAUGCCCACUUUUGAAGAUAGAGCUGAAUUUGAUUAUAAUGAAAACUUAGAUGAAGGAAAGCCAAGUGGCUCUGCAUGGGAGAAGGCCUCAUCUGAGAGUGUCAAAUCUGGUGGUAGCUGGGACAUUGCUGGCAAAACCCAAAAUGGCGCUGAAAAGGGUGUCAAUCAGUCAGAUUCCUGGUCUGCUUGGGGUAAAAAGGUUGAUGAAAGUAAUCCUCAGCAAUCUGGGGUUACAGAGCAGUCAGAAUCAUCGUCAGCAUGGGGAAAAAAAUCGGAAAGAGAUGGUGGUUCUUCUUGGGGGCAAAAGGCGGAAACAGAUGGUGGUUCUUCUUGGGGGAAAAAGGCGGAAACAGAUGGUGGUUCUUCUUGGGGGAAAAAGGUGGAUAAAGAUGGUGGUUCUUCUUGGGGGAAAAAGGUGGAUAAAGAUGGUGGUUCUUGGGGGAAAAAGGUGGAAACUGAGAAUAGCCCUCAACUAUCUGGGAAAGAAGAGCAGUCAGGAUCUCGGUCCUCAUGGGGGAAACAGGUGGAAAAAGAUGGUGGGUCUUCUUGGGGGAAAAAGGUUGAUGAACCUGAGAAAAGCCUGCACCAGUCUGGGAAUGGAGAGCAGUCAGGUUCUUUAUCCUCAUGGGGGAAGGUGGAAAAAGAUGGUGGGUCUUGGGGUAAAAAGAUUGAGAGUCACCAAUCUGGGAAGGGAGAGGAGUCAGGAUCUUUAUCCUCAUGGGGAAAAAAAGUGGAAACAGAUGGUGGUUCUUCUUGGGGGAAAAAGGUGGAUAAAGACUCUAGUUCGUGGGGGAAAAAGGUGGAUAAAGAUGGUGGUUCUUGGGGAAAAAAAAUUGAAACUGAGAAUACCCUCAACUAUCUGGGAAAGUAGAGCAGUCAGGAUCUUUGUCCUCAUGGGGGAAAAAGGUGGAAAAAGAUGGUGGGUCUUCUUGGGGGAAAAAGGUUGAUGAACCUGAGAGUAACACGCACCAGUCUGGGAGUGGAGAGCAGUCAGGAUCUUGGUCCUCAUGGGGGAAGAAGGUGGAAAAAGAUGCUGGUUCUUGUGAUGGGCCUAAACAGUCAAAUUCUGAGUCGUCUUGGGGAAAAGCUCCUAAUGGCGAUGGGUUAGGUUCAGCGACUGCUGAAGGCAAUAAAAGGCUUGACCAGUCAGUUAAUGAUUGGAGCUCUAGUGUAAGUAGAGAUGGACAGUUAAAUGAAUCAACACAUGACGACUCUACAAAAAAUGGUGGUUGGAAUUCUUCAACCGUUGGUGGUUGGGACUCUCAGAAGGUUGGCGUUGAAGAGAGCGAUAAGCAACCUCAAUGGGGUCAGCGCAGACGUAAUGCAAAAGGAGAUUUUAAGGAAAAUUCGCGAGGUUGGGGCUCUGCUAGUGGUGGAGAGUGGAAGAACAACCGGCCUGCAAGAUCAGCUGAUGACUCCAAUAGAGGUGUACAUUUUACAGCAACAAGGCAAAAGAUUGAUCUUUUCACAGCAGAGGAACAAGAAAUACUUUCAGAUGUUGAUCCUAUCAUGCUGAAAGUCA